UCUGCGAUGGCAUCAAGAGGCUGCAAGUAUCCGGCAGACGCAUUUUGCGGCCAAUUUAUCAAGACAAGAGCGAUAAAGUACUCUGUGGAAGCAUCUGCUAAGAUGUGUGAGGCUUUCAAGGCAUAUUUUGGCAUGCCUGUCGGGGAUCAAAACAAACCCUGGGCACCUCAUUUCACCUGCGAGCAAUGCAAAAAAACUCUGGAAGAGGGGAAAAGAAAUCCAUGAAAUUCGCUGUCCCAAGAUUUGGCAGGAACCCACUGACCACUCAAGCAACUGCUACUUCUGCAUGGUGGACCCUUCCAGACGUCGGACUGGCAAGAAUACACCUGCUAUCACGUACCCGGACCUUCCUUCACGCAUCGCCCCGGUGCCACACUGCCAUGAGUUCCCCGUACCCACUCCUCCGGAGAGAGAGCAGCCGUCUUUAGAAGAGAGCAGCAAGUCAAAGAGCGAGGAAGACGUUUUAGAUCCAAAUGACAAUUUCAGAAGUUGAGCUGAGGAGAGAAACCCAUACUACCCCAACCAAAAAGACCUCAACGACUUGAUCAGAGAUCUUGGUCUCACCAAGUCCAAUGCCGAGCUUUUGACGUCUAGGCUCAAGCAGUGGAACUUGUUGGAUAAAAGUGUGCAAGUCGCAGAUCAGAGGAAGCGUCGCCAACCUUUUUGCAGCUUCUUCACCCGUCAAGAUGGGCUCUGCUUCUGCCACAAUGUAACCAGUCUGUUCGAGGCAAUUGGAAUCGCCUGUAACCAGAAUGAGUGGCGCCUCUUCAUUGACAGCUCAUCCAGGAGUCUCAAAGCCGUGCUGCUCCAUAAUGGUAACAAGUACCCGUCUCUUCCCCUGGCUCACUCGGUGCACCUCAAAGAGGAUUACAACAGCAUCAAGACCUUGCUGGACGCCUUGAAGUAUGAGUACGGCUGGGAGGUCAUCAGAUACUUAAAAAUUGUGGCAUUCCUGAUGGGUCUCCAAGGCGGUUUUACCAAGUUUCUCUGCUAUCUUUGCCUUUGGGACAGCAGGCACACCAAGGCGCACUACCACAUGCGGGACUGGCCACAGCGGACCGAGUUCUCUGUGGGGAGGAACAACGUCAAGUGGGAGCCACUGGUGGACCCCCGGAAGGUGCUGAUGCCACCAUUGCACAUCAAAUUGGGCCUUAUGAAACGAUUUGUCAGCGCUGUAGAUAAGGAGUUGGCAGCCUUCAAGCACCUUCAAGACUUCUUCCCUAAGCUGUCUGAGCCAAAGGUCAAACCCGGUGUCUUCGUCGGACCACAGUUAAAGAAGAUCCUGGAGUGCAAUGAAUUCCCCAAGAAGCUCACUAGUAAGGAGAAAGUGGCUUGGACAGCUUUGUCGCAGUGGUUCGUGGCUUCCUGGGCAAUCACAAGGUCGAAAACUAUGUGGAGCUGGUUGAGACUGGUGAAGAACUAUGGCACAACGGGCUGUCGGAUGUCCAUCAAAGUCCAUAUCCUUGAUGCUCAUCUUGAUAAAAUCAAGGAGAACAUGGGAGCAUACUCGGAGGAGCAAGGCGAGCACUUUUACGAGGAUAUACUGGACUUUGAACGCUGCUACCAAGGACAGUAUUACGAGAACAUGAUGAGAGACUACAGUUGAGGACUGAUUCGUCAAAGUGAUUUACAGUAUAAUCGUAAAUCUCGAAAACUACUCGCUUCUAAAUCUUUUGUCGUAAUUUUUUUAUUACUUUAGUAUAAAUACAUGUUUAUUUUGAUUCAUAUGUAUUUUUUUCUGACUUUAUGUGAACAAAAAGACACAAAUUCGCCCGUUUUCUCAUUGAAAAUGGGUAAACUUUCAAAAUAUUUCUGUCCUGGUCACAAAAGCAAAGUUUGUGGGGAAUAAUAGCCUUUUUUCAAUACUUUUUAGGUCUAAGCAAUUACGAAAUAACACUUACUACCCAGGAACAAAAAUUGUGUUACACAGUGAAUUAUUCAUCAGUGGAUCGACGGAUAAGGCCUUUGUAAUGUACACGUUAAAAAAAAAUACACAGUAAGUAUAUGCGGGGCGUUCAUAAGACGUCCUAUCAAUUUUUGUUGUUGUGUUGAAUCCCACUUAAACGCGUCGUUGUUUACUGCUGCCUGCAGCAUGCUCGGGGCGCCGUGAUGCUCCGCGUAUUUGGAAUGCACUUUGCGCAAAACGAUGCAUGCGAACGUAAAAUGAAAUGAUGUUUCGGCAAGAAACGGGACACACACUUCGAUUGAAAGCUUUCGUGACUGCAUGGAUUCAUAUUCUUGGUUCUUUCGGUAAAGUCACGUAGAAGGGAAAUAAUAAAAUAAUAAAAAUAAAACAUAAUAAGAUAAAAUUCUCACGACGUUUCGGCCACAACGCAAGCAGCCGUCCUCAGGUGAAGAAGAGAGCGUCCUAAUACGAAAUAACACUUACUACCCAGGACGCUGUCUUUCCGACAGCCCUGUUCUUCACCUGAAGACGGCUGCUUGCGUUGUGGCCGAAACGUCGUGAGAAUUUUAUCUUAUUAUGUUUUAUUUUUAUUAUUUCCCUUCUACGUGACUUUACCGAAAGAACCAAUAAUAUGGGACACACACUGUGUCGGUAACGCCUUAAAGUGAAUGCAUUGUACAUUUUAAUUGUUCUCUCUUUAUGUUACACGUGGGCGCCUAUGAGCUAAUGUAUUCAUUUUCUUCAGCACUUUCAUGCGUUAAUAAUCGUCUUAAUGGGAUGGUCCGUUUCCAUAGCACUUGAUGCUUUUUUAAUUCAUUUAUGUCUGGGUUAUCAAAUGACUGAGCGUGUGUGCAAUUAUUAUAUACAUAUUUUUAAAAGCUUCCAAUUCCAUUUCUGGUAUUAAAAUUACAUGAUAGUUUGUUGAUAUACGGUAAAUAUAAAACAAUGGGUCGCGAAACUGUUACUGCUCCGCACGAAUUGUGAACUGAAGGAAUGCCCCGUAAGCAAGAUAUGCAUUUUCAUUAUUCAAUAAAAA